UGGUUGAAGGAGGAGGAGCUGAGUUUAAUGGUUGAGAUUAGGGGAGAAGUGUGGAACUAAUCGUCGUCUCUUUCCACCUCAGAAGUGGAUGGCAGGACACCAAAUCCCAAGGCCAUUCCCUUCUAAAUGACCCUCUCACUAUUAUUACACCCUCCGGUGUCUGCGUCUCUUGGUGCAGUACUUUCUCGUCCUGUCCCUCUCACCUCAUCCGUGCUCCCAAUGCAAUAAGAGCUUGAACAGUGUUGUCUCUUCUCUCGAAGAUUUCUUCUACUGAUCGGCUCCAUUAGUUUUGCUUUCUCUGUUGAAGACGAAAUCUAGAGAGGAAGAGUUCGAUUCAUGGAAUAUAAAGACCAAAUUGUUGAUGAUGAUGAUGAUGAUGAUGAGAUGCGUUCAUCCACAGCUUUGAGUUUCAACGCUCGUCCUCCCAUUAGAGGAUCUGCUUUCUCCAAACCUGUACUCUCUCCUUCUUCCUCUUUAAUCUCCCUAAGAGGAGGAGGAGGAAAUGGAAGUGGCACAUCAGCUGCGGAGAAUGUUAGCCUCUUUGGAAGCACCACACCGUCAUCAACAGCUGCAGCGGUGGAUGUUUUGUAUCAGUCUGCUGCAAGGAACACAGAUCCAGCUCCGGUCAGCGGUGCAACUGCGCCGAGAAACACCAAGGCCACUGCAGCAGCUUCUGUCAGGUACCGAGAAUGCCUCCGCAACCACGCGGCUUCCAUCGGCGGCCACGUUCUCGAUGGCUGCGGCGAAUUCAUGUCGGAGGGCGACCCGUCCUCGCCGGAGGCGCUGAAGUGCGCGGCCUGCGGCUGCCACCGCAGUUUCCAUCGGAAGGAGGCCGAAGGCGACGCCGCCGCCGCCGACUCCUACUACCGCGGCGCCGCCCGUGUUCCUCUCCUCCUCCCUCUUCCCCCCCAUCCCCAAUCCCAGCACCAUAACCACUACCAGAAGCAAUUCCAAUUCGGUACUCCCACCACCCCGUCCUCCGGCAUCGUGGCGUUCGGUGGCAACGCCAGCGGGAGCGGAGGGACGACGGAGUCUUCGAGCGAGGAACGGAUGACUGCCGGGGCGCCGACCCCGGCGACCACUCCGAGGAAGCGGUUCCGGACCAAGUUCACUAUGGAGCAGAAGGAGAAGAUGCUGGCUUUCGCGGAAAGGAUGGGAUGGAGGAUUCAGAAGCAAGACGAGGGCUUGGUGGAGCAAUUCUGCGCCGAGACUGGGGUGAGGAGGCAAGUCUUGAAGGUCUGGAUGCACAACAACAAGCACUUGAUCAGGAAGCCACAGCAACCGCCGGGGCAGGAUGAAGUAGUACUGCCACAGCAACACCAGCCGCACUCCUCGUCGCAACAAUCGCAGCAGCAGAUGUGAUGGCCAUGAGAUCGUAGGCGGAGGCAGGGUACUGAAACAUCUGCGUUCGAAUUCUUGGUUUGCAUCUGCAUUACUGUUGUCAUCAACUUAACUUGCUUAGAUGUAUCGCUACUUAGUUCUCGGUGUGAUCAUAAGCCCGCCCCAUUUCCUCAUUCA